CGUUUCAACUGUUUAUUAUAAGCCCAGUCCAAAAUAUUUGGGCAGAAAAAAUUAUUGUGGGCCGAGACCCAAAAAAGCAGGCCCAGUUGUGUAAAACUUUCCCCUCCCUUGCUGUUCUAUUCUACACGCCUACGUGGCGACGGAGAGAAAAUGGAAGAAAACUUGGACGGCGUCGCUCCGUGCUCCUCCCUCGCCGUCGAGGCUAUUAUUCGUGUCGGAGCGGCCGGUGCAAUCUGGGGCUUGUGCUCUGGUCCCUACGACGCUCGUCAACAGGGUCUAACAGGCAUUGCUAAAGCUUCUUUUGUGGCAAACUCGGUUCGCAGUUUUGGGAUUCGAUGCGGGUUUGUAGCUGGCGUUUUCAGCAUUACGCGAUGCGGGGUUCAGAAAUACAGGGGGCGGAAUGAUUGGGUCUCACAUUUCAUAUUCUGCUGCUCUUGCAAAGCUCUAUUUUGUUAUGGGUUUCACAUUGCCUAUAUCUGGUCUCAUAUCCUCUGGUCUCACAUUGCAUUUGUUAACAUCCUCUUAUCGAUUGUUCAAGUAUGAUCUUCCUGACCCAUCAAAACAAAAAUCGGUUGUGGCUCUAGUGUCUUUACAGGUAGAAUCAUACCACAUCAAUUUCAAUAUAUAGGAUGAAGUCGUGCACCCACCAAACGUUUUUAGGCUCUAGUAAUUGAUUACACAGUACCAAAGUCGUGUAGGGAGGCACGAGUUCAAUAAUAUGCUGGAAAUAACUGUGAUGUGAUGAACAAUGUAAGAGGAACAUGGUUCAAUAAUAUGCUGGAAAUUACUUUUAAAUGUCCUCCUUUUCUUUUUAAAUUUCCC